GUGAGACAGGUUUAUGCAGAAUGAGGACUUUCACUUUAUUUACAGCGUUACUUCUCCACACCUGCAACUGGUUCUGCGUCUCGGGCUCUGAGCCUCACACUGUGGAGGUCCAGCCUGGUCAAGACGUCACACUGCUCUGCUCCAACAUUUCUAAAGGGCCAACUCAGACAGACUGGUUCAGAGUGGUCAACAGAACCACGCCACGCUGCAUCUCCUCCAUGUUUGACGCAAACGGCAAAGCUUCAAACUGUGAUGGAUUUAACAAGCGAUUUGAAAUGAGCUCCAACGUUUCUACUGUUUUCCUUAAAAUCAAAGCAGUGAAUGCCUCAGACUCUGGACUGUAUUUCUGUGGAUUUUACAUAGAUGUGCAUACAGUUAUUGCCAAUGCAACAUAUUUAAUAGUUCAAGGUAAUGAUCAACUUGAGAAAGAUGUGGAAUCUAAAACUAAAAAAAACAAUUACACAAAGACAGACAUGACAAGUAUGAUCCUCGUUGGUCUGUGUGUUCUUCUCUUUGUGGUCAUCAUUGCUCUAUCGAUUAAAGUCCAGAAGCUUCAGACAGCUGUGACUGAGGAAGCACAACCAAAAGGAAGCGAGAAUCUGGGCUCCAAUGACCUGAACUACGCAGCCCUAAGUUUCCAGACAAAGCCAAGAAAGCACAGAUCAUCGCCCAGGGGAGAGCUGGAGCCGAACGUGGUGUACGCUGCCACCAGAUGAGAUCAGUUCAGAGGGACAG